AUGAUAUCAUUACAUUAUACACCAUAUAAAAUCAACGUUUUAGACUACUCAUUUUUUAAAAAUUAUGAUGAUGUUUGCUCUUUAAAUUCAUUGCGUCCAGGAAAAAAAACAGGGGAUAAAGUUGUGACUGAUAUUUGUAAAAUUCAGUACACUCAUGAAGGAGAAAUACUAUACAAAACUGAGUUUGAAGAUGGUUGGACAAAAUUACCAGAACAAAAAAAAGUUAAAAUAACUAGAAGAACAGUAAUUGAAUCUCAAACACUAACAAAUUUGUACAAUGCACCAUUGCCCAUCUCUGAUACAAAAUUUAAGGAUUUGCAAUCAUUAAAGCCAGUCAUAGAUAAAGAGUAUCACCCUUUCUAUGACAAUUUGCCACAUUCUAAAGAUCCAAAAAAUAAUAAAAUAUAA